UCUCCACACUGUACUAUAUUUUGUGUAUUUCAGUGGAGUAUAAAUUAGUGUUGGAUUUCAAGAGUGGGAGGUGCACAGUAUGAAUUAAGCACACACAUGCAUGCAGACACCAUUCCCUUUGGAUACAUCUUUGGGCCUUGCUUAUUUUGGUAAGGGGUAGGAGAGGAGAGGGGUUCCUGGGGCCCCUGGCAUGUUUGAGAUUAGACUUCCAUUUGCACCGUGGUCUUUUCGGUAGGGAACAUCCCCCUCCCCGUAUUCUGGAGUUAAAACAAUUCUGUACUGCUUGCAGGAGUGAGCUGGGACACCAACGUCCUCUUCUGAACUGGAGUGAGCGAGCUGCACCCUCCCUCUGCAUCGUGGUGCAUAAUUAUAUGGAGUUUUUUUUAGCUCAGUCCCUUAUUAAAAGCAUAAUUAGUCACAUUUUCCCCGAGUGUGGUAUAAUGAUUAAAAGCAGGAGACUCUAAUCUGGGGAACUGGGUUCAUUUCCCACUCCUCCACAUGAAGCUGGCUGGGUGACCUUGGACCAGUUGCAGUUCUCUCAGAACUCUCUCAGCCUCACUUAUCUCACAAGGUUUUGGGGAGAGGAAAGGAUUGUGAUGAUAAACCACUUUGAAGCUCCAUAAGAUAGAGAAGAACAGUGUAUAAAAGCCAACUGUUUUUCUUCCAUCUCUAACCAGUGAUGUUAAAAGUCAAGGUGCAAAUGAGACCCCAGGAAGAAGAGCCCGUUUGUAGAACUGCAACUCAGCCACACAAGCCUUUUCAAAAAUGGGGUGGGUGCUCCUUGGGGACAAGACUGGAGAGGAAUGCCUGUGAGCAUAUGCAGAGUGCCUCUGCAACUGUGCGGCUAAACUUCCUGCCCUGAACUUCCCUGGCUUCCCUUCCGGGCUGUCUGGCUAAAGUAGGCUCUGAAGAACCAGACCCACUUGAACUGACAGGGAAGCAGCAAGGGGAGGCUCCCAUCAUGCUCUCCCCCUGCCUGGCCUGGUUCCGAGGCUCUGGCCACAGCAUCCGAGGUCCGUCCCAGCCCCCCCUCCCCCAAUCGUGCCCUUGUUCUCUUUUUGCAAGAGAGAGAGUCGCAGCUUCUCCAACCCUGGGCUUGAUGGGGGGGGGGGGGUCCACAUGUUGGCAGCAGUCCGGGCAUGUCCAUAACCCCUGAGCUGCCAGAUUCCUUCUUGGAGGGCAAAUUGCACCAUACCUGAGAAAUUCACCCUUAUUCCCCUUUCUUUGUUUCUGUUGGGUGUCGGCAGCAUAAAGACCUCCAGGCCAGUUCUCUGCCUUUUACUGAGCAGGAGAUAAUGAUGAGAUGGCCUCUGUAAAGAUUUGCAUAGUUUCCAUGAAGGCUCAGUGUUUUGAAGGGACAAAUUCAGCUGCUGCCCGGCUUUAUUGAUGUCCUUCCGACAGCUGAGGCACUGGCAGCUGACUACAUCCGAGCCGAAACCACUGGCCAAAAGCAUGGCAAGCGAAGAGGUCAGUGAUGCCCGGGCCAUCCUGGAUCUCAGCUUCCAGUCUCUAGCUUCCCGGCACAUGGACCUCAAGCAGGUGGAACUGGACACAGCAGCUGCAAAGGUGGACGAGCUCUCUAAGCAGCUGGAGUCACUGUGGACAGGCAGUCCUGGGCAGUCUGGCGUCCCACAGAAGGGGGACAGGCCAAGCAUCAGCCCCUGGCUGACACAGGACACACCGGUCUGGACAGUCCCCACCGCUGCCUCCCUUCUCCAUCAGUCUCCUUGGAAGAGCGCUUCCCUGGACUCACCUGAGAGCUACUCUUCCUCCAUCAGCGAGAACUCUGCCAGUUUGUCCCCGGGAGCCCCUUAUGGCUCCUCACCCAACCAGCUCCUCCCGACCCAAUCCACACUGGGCCGGCCCACCUCCCCACGCCCUUCCAUCUUUCUCCAAUCAGAGCUGGACCGAACCUCAUCCCCCCGGCCAAAGGUGCUGCCGGUUCCUUAUGAGUCAGUGGCCGGCUCCAUGGGCCAUGCGUCGUCCCCUCGCUUCCUCCGGUCAGCUGGAUCCUUGGAACGCCAGUAUGAUUACAAACCCUACACCGGGCCGAUGGGUCGAGCUGGAUCUCCACGGCAGCCGACAGAGGGAUCAGAGUCUCUGAUGUUUUUUCCGGACCGAGCGCCAUCUCCGCGGCCACCGAUGCCUCCGCCAUAUGAAAACCACAGCAUGUACCCCUCCGUGCCAGGCGCCUUCCCACUGUUCCGGGCUCAAGAUGAUUUAGUGAUUCGGAGGAGAUCGCAGAAAGGGUGGAACGAAUCUGAUCUGGAUGUGGCAUAUGAGAAAAAGCCGUCCCACCCAGCCAGCUAUGAAAGAGGAGACCCUCAUGGGGGGCACCGCCAGAGUGGGGCAGGGUUGCCACUGGCUCCUUGGAGGGAAUCGAGUUUAGAUGGUGGGGGCGUUGGCCAAGGAAAGGAGGAGCACUAUGGGAUGCACAGUGCCACUUUACCUCGGAACUACAAGGUUUCCCCACUGGCCAGCGAGCGCCGCUCUGAGAGCUCUUUCCGCCGAUUCCUCCCUGCCAACCAGACAGGCACCCUGCCCCGGAACUGGCAGUUUGGCCAGCAGCCCAUCUCCCGUAUCCCCAUGCCGCCUCCCAGCCCCCAAGGCAGCCGUCCCAAACGCCACAAGCCUCUGCCCCUCUCCAUGAUCUUCAGGCUGCAGAAUGCCUUCUGGGAGCACGGUGCCUCGGGCACAAAACUGCCCUUCUCCCAGGCGCCUCUGGGAUCCCCCCUCUUCCUCCGUUCCUUACAAAAGCAGAUGCCGCAGCAGCCCCUCACACCAGCCCAACCCCACCUGAGGAUGGCACAGUCUGGCAGUGAAGGCAACAGCAGAGCCCCACCCUUCGAGGUACCUGCUGAGCCUGUCCGCGUGGUGCCAAUCACCCUGCUGACUGGCGAGAUGGAACCAGAACUGGAAAGCCUCCUACCGGGCAGUGAGCCAGCAGAGGUGGACGAGGUUGCGCGUCCUCUGAGCCCCACCCGGCUGCAGCCGGUCCUUCCACCGGAAGCCCAGAAGGUGCCUGAGUUCGAGGAAGUGGCCCGCAUCCUGGCAGAGAUGCCCCGGCCUCUGAAGCGGCGUGGUUCCAUGGAGCAGUGCCCUAGCGUGGCUCUGCCCCCCACCCACAAGAAGCAAUACCAGCAGAUUAUCAGCCGUCUUUUCCACCACCAUCCACGCAAGGAGGAGGCUGUGCUGAUGGGGGAGGCAGCCCCACAGACGGAUCUUGUGCCCAUCAUCGAGGCCUCUGAGCAGAAGGUGCCCGGGACAUCCGUGGUGCCAGCACUUGCGCCACCGCCUCGAAGCCCCCCCAGUGCCAUGCCGGUGCCUUCCAUUCCAGACAUGCUUGAGGGUCCAGCAACAAUCUCUCCUGUGCACAGCCCAGAGAAACGCUCGGCUCUGCGCAAAGUCUCCUCCCCACGGAAACGGCUGAAACCGAGGGCCCGCCUCAACCCCCUGGUUCUCCUCCUGGAUGCAGCUCUGACCGGCGAGUUGGACGUGGUGAAGGAGGCCGUGGCGGAGUUGAAUGACUCAAGCCAGCCAAAUGACGAGGGGAUUACAGCACUCCACAAUGCCAUCUGCGGUGCCAACUACAACAUUGUGGACUUUCUCAUCAACAUCGGUGCCAAUGUUAACUCUCCUGACAGCCAUGGGUGGACCCCGUUGCACUGUGCUGCCUCUUGUAAUGAUACAGCCAUAUGUAUCGCUCUGGUCAAGCACGGCGCAGCCAUCUUUGCCACCACCUGCAGCGACGGGAGCAUGGCCAUCGAGAAGUGUGACCCUUACCGGGAUGGCUACAGCGAGUGUUUCAGCUACCUGGCAGAUGUUGAGCAGAACAUGGGACUGAUGAACAACGGGGUGGUGUACGCCCUCUGGGACUACAGUGCUGAGUUCAGCGACGAACUGUCAUUCCACGAGGGGCAACCUGUCACUGUGCUGCGUCGUGAUGGCCAGGAGGAGACGGAUUGGUGGUGGGCGUCUCUCUAUGGGCAGGAGGGCUAUGUGCCCAAGAACUACUUUGGGCUCUUCCCCAGGGUGAGGCCUCAGCAGAAGAAAGCAUAACGUUUUCAGGACGGGCAUUCCCUCACUGCCGUCCUGAAAGGAACUCAAGAGGCAUGACUGGGCAGGAGACUGGGGCACCAAGGAGUGAUUGUUGCCAUCUCACCUGCUUGCCCAGAGGGCUCCUGAUGGCCCUGGCGGCCCUGGAAGGGGGUGAUUCUGCAGAGAGGGGUUGAUGCCCCAAGAGGCUUUCAGCCUUGCCCCACAGCUGAUUCCAUGGCUUUAUUGUAAGAAGAAGAGCUGAGUAACUGGGGAGGGGAAGCACAGGACGACUUCCUGAGGUUUGCUUCCUUCCAUGUGAACACGUCCUACCCAGCACUCUUAACAUUAUUCCCCUCCCUGAGGAAAGUGAAACUUCUACAGGAUUCAAGGACUGACUCAAGGCAGCCUGUGGCAAAGACCUUCCCUGCCAAGCUUUGACCUCUGCUGCAUUCGCUUACUCCCCUGGUUCUCCCCUUCACUCCUGACGUGGUCCCUCCCUGGCCCCUAGACCCCCCUGACUCCUUGGGUGGGUGUGCUCAAAAGUAAGGCCUGCCUUGGUUCUUAAGAGAUCUGCUGGCUUCCUAGUACUGCAGCAUCCAUCCACCAGCGCUGUCCUGGCACAAACUGCCUCUUCCCUCUGCCUCUCUCGGGACAACCCAACUGCAGCAUGAGGACUCUCCUGCACAGGCGGGGAAGCAAUGAAGCCCCUUCGCUGUGGUGAAAAAGGUGGCGCCACUGUCCUUGGCUGAUGCAGGCGGCUUGAGAGAAGUACAGGACAGCUCUGUUCACCACCACCUGGAAGGGCAGGAUCAGGCAGGAUGGUGUGUGUGUGUCGGGGGGGGGGAGGGGUCUUCCAGGCCCUUCUGCUUCUUUGCCUCCAGCUCUGCCUUUUGGCUCAGCAGCAGCAAUGCAAUUGUUAGUUGGAUUGGCGGUAAAUCAUCUUCCUUGCUGUGGUCCUCAUGUGCCACCAUGCAGUGGGGGCUCCUGUGGAUCUCUGGCUUGACUGAGAAGCCCAUGCUGCUCAUCUGUUGCCCCCCUCAUCCUGAACUGAAUUCGAGACCUGCCUCCCUGGGGCCGAGCAACUGUGCUGUCCUGCAGUGAUGCUUUCCUUCAGGAGCCACGCCUGACUUGCACGCUCUGAUAUGCGGUUGAUGAUGUUGCAGAAGGCCAGAUUGCUGAGGCUGAUGUGCCCCAACAAAGACCUGGGAUGAUUCCCUGGCACAAGCUCCUAGCCUGGUGGAUCCUGCUGAGCCAAGGGGGGGGGGGGGGGCUUUUUGAAUUAGUUUUUUUAAAAAAACCCAACUAGUUUCCUAUAGAUUUGUACGACAUCUGUGGCGCUGGCAGCUGCCCCCAGUUGCAAGUGAUGGUGGAGUGCUGCAGGGCCAGACCUGGUCGUUCUGUGUGUAUCUGUAACACCAGCUCUGGGUUGCUAGACUGUACUAUUAAAGUUGGUCUGAUGGACAAAGA